UGGGGAGCCCCACGACCUUACGGCUAUGCUAGCCAGCAAUGUUGUCCACCAAGUAUGAUAUGCCCAGGUGAGUCAGUUAAUGAAUCUUAACAGGACAUGUUCCUUUUCCGCUUAACAGCUACGCGCGAUUGCUGUUCUGAUUUCGAACGUGACUUGGGAUACUCAAAUUUUGCAUUUACCGGAAUAAAAAAAGGUCUCUGAUAAGUCGCUUUGACGCGCAUAACACCAUUGACAGACUGGAAGAGAUUUACUCCUCAGACAGGGUGUUCUCUUCUUUUUGCUGACCUCUAUUUUAAGUAGUUCCCAUGAUACGGUAGUCUGUGCCAGACUCUCAGUAAGUAAAAGCGGGCGAGCAGUGGAAAAAUGAAAGAAACUGAUGUCAAUUUUACUCUUUUUCUAUUUCAGGUAAACCACCAUGUGGUUCAAACAAUGGUGGGUAUAACGGUUUCCAAGGAUACGGUAAUUAUCCCGGAUACUCCAGCUACAAGCCUCCUGUUUCCCUGAGCUUUCAGUCUCCAAUUGUGCCAACACCACCACAGUAUGCUGUCUCCAAUAAUGCACCAUCUACUAAAGACCGAACCGAUACUGCACCGAUUAAAGCGCGGCCGACCGCAGUAAAAGCAGCAACCAGAAGGAUCUCUUUUGAAGAUGGAGAGAAAACUAAGCAAAAUCCAAAAGACGCCUCGCCGCAGAUAAAACAGAUUAUUUCAGGUGUCGAUGACCAAGCGGAGUAUAACGGAACUGAUCAGAGUUACGCAGGGUAUAACGGAAGAGAAAAUGAAAAACAGUUUUACGGCGGUUAUUCUGAAGAUAGCGAUGAUAAAGGUGUGUUUCCAGAGAAAGGUGAUUCUGCUAGUGCCUCCAAAGCACAGUAUUCUUCUGCUGUACAACAACGUGAGAAAAAUGCCGACGGAAAGUUACCAGAGAACUAUCUUCCCAAAAAUGCUGCAAAAGACAAAUCACAACAAAACGAAGACGAUUCUUCUAAACUGCACGACUAUAAAGAUGAAAUCGAAAAAGAGGCCGUAGAACAGGAAAAAGAAGCUGACGAAAAGGCCGAAAAAGAAGGGUCGGAAAAACAGGGGACCCGUCAGGACGGAAACAUCGAUGAAGACGUAGACGUCGAAGACGACGAUUUAGAUGAUGACGACGACGAUGAAGAUGACGACAGCAACGAUACAAGAGAUGAGGAUGAAAAUGAUAAUGACGAUGAUGAUGACAAGGUGAAGGGACGUUUUAAUGACGACUCCAUGAAGCAAGAAAACAGAAUUGAUAAUCCUGCUGACCAGUCGUUUGCUGUUUCACCUCGAGUGCUGCCUGGAAUGUGUCCACCUUGCCGUAAGUAAUGCUGAGAAAAAUAGCGGAUAAAAGAGGGUGCAGAAAACAAAAUAACGCAAUGUUGAAGUACUCGAAAAAAACGAAGAUGUAAAGUAGACCGAUGGAGAAAAAAAAACUUUUGAGGAGUCUCUGACAAAUAAAAAGUUAAUUUAAAAAAGUGGCUUUGAAAAAGUGAAUACAGGAUGAGUUAAUACAUACAUCGACCGUGUUUUGGGAAACGGUGCAACAAUGUCGAUAUAUCUCAAUUUACACUUACCCCUGAGGAUUAGGGGAAAGAACGAAGUAAUGAGACAGGUCAUUCCCGAAUGUAAUUAAAUUUUGCUUUGUUCUUUCAUUAUUUAUCAAUGAGUUCUAACACAGUGCAAUCGGUUCAUCCUUUUGAACCAUUUGUUGGGAGUUAUCUAACAUUGAACCAAAUUCCUUGCAAACUUUGUAACUUGUAUUAAUUUUUCUCUCCGCAGCAAAACCAACAAAAGCUCAAGGUAAGAGAAAUUUUCUGUUAUAAGCUAGUACACACACCAAUAAGCCAUCGUGCAUCGUGAGUCUGAUACACAUUUCAUAUAAUCUUAUUGAGAAAUACAUUUAUCAGCCAACAUUAUCAUAAAACUGGGCAAAGGGAUUGACGUUGCCCUGAAUUGUCUUUUAGCGACGAUUCUUUUAAAACUACGAUUUGUGUGUAGUCUCUAAGUUAAAAUGUUAGAAAGUGUCAGUCGUAAUGUAUUUAGAUGUUGUUUUUGUGAAUCUAUUCACAGAAUUAAUCGCCGUUUAUUUCUCUUACCCCGACAGCUUGUAGUGCUAAAAUCGACCUGGCUUUCCUGGUGGACGGAUCUUCAAGUGUUGAAAGAUAUGGUGUCGGUAACUUCCGAAGAGUCAUCAACUUUGUCCGAGGUCUCACGAUGGGCUUCGCGAUCUCCAGAACCAACACUCAAGUGUCUUUAGUUGUUUACGGAACAAGACCAAAAACCAUCUUUGGUUUUCGCAGGUGGGCAUGAGUAUUAAGUGGCUAAAAUUUAUUUCAUUUGUUAAAAAGUUCCUCUUGAAAAAUGUUAAUAACUGGUACUUUACCAGGGCAAACAGAUCACCCUGCUUUACGUUGGAGAAGACCAUGAAGGGCUCCGUAGCUGUACACUUAAAGCAGAAGUCUUUUGUUUACUAACUUGUGCUAUAUUUAUACAGCAAGCAUCAAGUUUAAAUGAUACUAAUCUCAGCAAAUUCCACGUUCUGUAACGGAACACUAGUGACCAAAUUUUCAUCUUCCUUGACAGAUACCAAAGCAAUACUCGGCUAUUUUCCGCUCUCAACGGUCCAAUUUAUUACCCAAGGACUGGAGCAAGAACCGGUCGUGCCUUAAGGCGUGCAUACAGGCGACUGUUUAGAACAAGUAGGCGGUCACGUGCCUCGAAAGUGAUCGUGGUUAUCACUGACGGUGGCUCCAUCGAUGGCGUGUAUGCCAUAUCUAAGCGAUUAAGAGCCCGUGGUAUCACGAUCUUCUCAGUAGGAGUGGGAAGGUACUUUAACGCAAAGGAGCUUGAUUCUAUGGCAACUGAUCCAGACAAGACCCACGUCUUUACGUCUGAUUUUAAGCAGCUGCAGUACAUUACCAAUGAUCUAAAGAAAGCAAUUUGCUUAAGUAAGUAG